CUGGCUCUGAGGACAUGGGGACUACAGUCAACGGAGAUGUGUUUCAGGAGGCUAAUGGGCCUGCUGAUGGCUAUGCAGCAAUUGCCCAGGCUGACAGGCUGACUCAGGAGCCUGAGAGCAUCCGGAAGUGGAGAGAGGAACAGAAAAAAAGGCUGCAGGAGCUGGAUGCUGCCUCUAAGGUGACUGAACAGGAAUGGCGGGAGAAAGCCAAAAAGGACCUGGAGGAGUGGAACCAGCGCCAAAGCGAACAAGUUGAGAAGAACAAGAUCAACAAUAGGGCAUCUGAAGAGGCUUUUGUGAAGGAAUCCAAGGAGGAGACCCCAGGCACAGAGUGGGAGAAGGUAGCCCAGCUGUGUGACUUCAACCCCAAGAGCAGCAAGCAGUGCAAAGACGUGUCCCGCCUGCGCUCGGUGCUCAUGUCACUGAAGCAGACACCGCUGUCCCGCUAGGUGCCUGCCCUAAGAAUGGCCACAAAGCAUGGGUCUUGCUGAGGCAGAGGAGUGGCUGCUCCAGCCAGGGUGGACCUUCCUCCGGCAGCUGCCACACACAGCCUGUUCUGUUCCUCUGCAUCUCUGGGAGCUGGGAAGUGGGACCCUAACCCCUUUCAACCCCCACUCCCUCCUGGCCCCAUGUCCCAGCCCUCACGACUCCUCUCAGUCCACUCAAUUGUGACUGUCCCUCCUGAUGUAUUUUUUCUUGGCUUAAAGGGUGUGUUAACUCUUUUUACACUUAUUUAUUAUUAUCCUCAUUUCUCUGGAAGCUGCAA